ACUGCCGAGGUUCGUUUCAUGGUAUGUGUGGUUCGUACGGAUCAGGGAGAGAGAGAAAUAAAAAGAGGGUUUAGGAUUCACGCGUUGGGCCCCGGCCUCGGAACAGCCCUCAUCAAAGAGCUGAACUUGCUGCUGCUGAAACUAAAAGAGGAAGGGGAUAAGCAAAACGCAUGUAACGACAGCAGCGUCAGUAUAGACGAAUUCAGUGAAUAAGCACAACAGAAGCAUCGCGCAGCCGAUAUCAAACCAGACAACAGACAGAUAGGAGCUGAGAAAGAGAAAAUAAGGAUAUCCAGUCGGACUAGCUAGUGGUUGGGUUGCCCCAAAAGCGUGUAGCGUGGAAAAAGGCUGAUUGAUAUGGCGGAUGCUGACUUGGACUUCACAACAGGCGAUGCUGGUGCCUCUGCUACCUACCCCAUGCAGUGUUCUGCCCUGCGCAAGAAUGGUUUUGUGGUACUAAAGGGUCGACCAUGCAAGAUUGUGGAGAUGUCCACUUCUAAGACCGGCAAACACGGACAUGCCAAGGUUCACAUGGUGGGCAUUGACAUCUUCUCCGGCAAAAAGUAUGAGGAUAUCUGUCCUUCAACCCACAAUAUGGAUGUCCCUAACAUCAAAAGAAUGGACUACCAGCUUAUUGGCAUACAGGAUGGCUACCUGUCUCUGCUCCAGGACAGCGGUGAGGUUAGAGAAGACCUAAAAAUGCCAGAGGGAGACCUGGGCAAAGAGAUAGAGGGCAAGUUCGAUGCUGGUGAGGAAAUCCUGAUCACUGUCCUGUCUGCUAUGAAUGAAGAGUCUGCAGUAGCCAUUAAAGCCAUGGCUAAAUAAAACCGCAGGGGUUGACAAGAUGCACUGGACCUGUAUAGGAGAGAAUUAGACCUCAGCAAUGCUAUCCUCCCUCUUUUUUAAUUAUUUUAUCUCUCUUUCUUUCUGUACUUUAUAGCACCUCUUUGGGUUAAAAACUAGGAAAU